AUGUCAGACCUACUACGUGCACUACCCAACAUCAAAAACCAGCACAACGCACCAAAUCUCAAACCGCCAGCAAUGCCUUUGACAACAGCAGAUGAAGGCAACUCUUCAUCCUCGGACAGUUCAGCAUCCACAAACGACAGUGUCGAUACUUUGCGCCCAUCCGAGUCCACCAUACCAACACCAACACCAAACCCAUGGCCUAAAUACUUCGAGCAAGAGCUGUUUCUGGACUCAAAGACGGACUCUCAACAUGCGAAAUAUCACGUUUAUUUGACUCCACCCAAGGAUCCAGCUAAAGGACCUCUGUUUAUCUGUCACCAUGGCGCUGGCGCCACUGGAAUGAGUUUCGCGUGUUUUGCUGCUGCGGUGAGGAAAGAGAUGCCCGGAGCAGGUAUCUGCAGUCUCGAAGCCAGAGAGCACGGAUCCGGCGUCUUUGCUCCUUCCAACAACGAAGAAAUUCUCGAUUUCAGUAUUGAGACACUGGUAGUUGAUACACUUGCCAUGAUCGAAGGCGUCAAGCAAAGGCAAGGCUGGAAAACUUUACCGCCAUCAGUGUUGGUGGGUCACUCUCUAGGCGGCGCAGUCGUAACCCGCAUCGCAGCAAAUGGCACUCUGGGCGCCCAACUAGUCGGCUUUGCGGUGCUGGAUGUGGUUGAGGGAUCUGCUAUUGAAGCUUUGAUGCACAUGAAAACCUAUCUAGCCUCUAGACCUUCGUCCUUUGCGUCUGUGGACCAAGCAAUCAAUUGGCACAUCCGCAGCCGCACAAUCAGAGAUUUGGAGUCUGCAAAGGCUAGUGUGCCUAGUCUUUUGGUCCCUAAAGACGAUCGCUGGGUGUGGAGGACAGACCUUGCACGCACGCAGCGCUGGUGGGAAGACUGGUUUACAGGGAUGAGUGGGCUGUUCCUCAGAGGCAGAGCUGCAAAGUCUUUGGUGCUCGCCGGCACAGACAGACUAGACAAAGAACUCAUGGUGGGUCAGAUGCAAGAAGCUGGCCACUUCAUCCAAGAAGACGUGCCAGAGAAAACAGCACACCUAAUGAUUGAGUUCUUCAAACGAAACGAUCGAAGCAGCCUAGUUCUACCACCAAAAGUCUCGGAUCUGCUCGCUCAAGGCAAAAGAGUAUAA